GAAGUUAUAAAGACCAGCAGGGGAAGAAAAAUGUAAAUGGAUGUUCAUCAUGGUAAGCUUUGGUUAGAAGGAGACUUACAUGACAUAGAACAUUCAUAAAAUAUUUACAGAUCACAUUAGACCAUUUUUUAUCUUUUAUUUCACAUAAUAUUUAUUUAACCAAUGUUUAUACUUUGAGUCUCCCAAUUCACUUUUUAUGUAACAUCAUAUAACCAUCCCUUUUAUCCCUCCAUGCCACAGGAUUUUACUAUUUUCCUAAGUGAUAAAAAUUAUUUAUACCUUCGAUUAUUUUAAUUGGAGGUUGUUUUGUGCUUUAAACUGACCCAAAGUUAUUACUUUCUUAUUUUGCAGAAUAAAUUUAAAAAGAUUUAUAAAGAGCUUUUAGAGAAUCCUGAGAGAAAAAUAGUCUUUGACUUUUGUGAACAUAUCAGGCAGGUAAGGGACAUUUAAAAGAAACUGUAUCAAGUUCAAAUAGAUGAAUAAUCUGAUGUCAAUAUUGUCUGUAUUGUGUUUAAGUGUGUAUGGUUUAAACCCAGAUGUCUGCCAGAAUUAAGUCAAUGCCAUAGAUAAGUGAAAUUUGAUUGUGCUGGUAAAUGUGCUACACUGUAGGUACAUGUAUGGUAUGGUGUGUUGUGUUAGUUGAUUGCUCACUUAACUCCAGUAUUAUAAUGAUGAACCUGUAUGUCAGGUCUCAGUGUUGUUAUAUAUUGUUCAUUACGUUAAUAUUAUCAACUUUUUUUCUAAUCCACAGAUGAACAUUAAAAUCAUUUAGGUCAAAAUAUACCAUAUGCUAAGUUUUCGUAAGAACUCAGCUCCCUAAAACUCCCCAAUGUGAAAAUUCAGCUCUAACAUAGUUAGUGCAGGUCCUAUUCUUGUUACUGAUAAGUAUCCAUUUUUGCAGGAACUGUCUUCAGGACACAUAGCUUACUUAUCUGCUUGUUUCAAGAAUAUAACUGAUGCACUUACAGAACUCAACCCAGACACCUCAACUUUGGACCAGCUCUUUGGCUUGGACUUUCAUUUAAUCAUACCAUUCAAAGCUUUGACUCUUGAUGUAUUUCAAUAAUUGGCAAAAAGAUUUCCCUUUUUUUGCCAUUUGAUGCGUAAUACUAUUAUCUGUUUAAAGUUCUAAUAAUUAUAUGCUUUUAAAGUGAGAAUUAGAUUUUAAUGACUUGUUCCUUUGGUAUAUGUGCUUGUUGUUUUCUUUUUGCUACUUUCCUGAAGUGUAUUCUGCAUCUCUUGAACAAGGUGUUGUGUGCAUACCAGAUGCUGUAGAUCUACUACUUUCGUUAACAGGUUUUCUGAAUGUAAGUAUUGGCACCACUAGUGCAGUGGCUCAACUGUAAUUAUUAAAGGUCAGACCAUUAUCUGAGCUAAUUAAAUUUUUAUGUGUUGCACGUACAUAUAACAUUAUGCAUCCUGCAUGAAUUCAUCGUAAAAAGAAUUCAUUGAUCGGUACGGUCCGUUUAAUGAUGUAUGUACUUGACUGUUGAAUGAUAAAUAAUAUUGGUUUUUAAUAUUUUCACAGGCUUUAUGCGAAAACACUUUGACUGGUAGGUGAAUUAAUAUAUUCUUAUGUUAAAUUUUGUUAAAUGCAUGAAUUCUGAAAAUGCUUGAGAAAUAUAUGCUGGCCAGUAACAAAUUGUUUUCUUGCCAGUUUGUUCCUAUUUUAUUAGUAAAUAAGCAUUAGCAGUACCUGAUUUACAAUUUUCAUGUUCAUGACUGACAUGGUAGAAAAAGUCUGAAAGGAAACAGCAAUACACUGAGACAACAGAAUUUAAAAUAGAUUCAAUCCAUAUUUUUUCCUUUAAACUGUGUCAAAAGAUUGCUUUAUUGUGUUCUUUUUAAAACUAUUAACCUGAAUCAUUGUUUCUUGUCAAGGCACAAGAUAUUUGAAGCUUUCAUUACUGAAUUGUAUAUUUGUUUAAGUGGCAACAAAAAACCUGGAAAAACCCUCUUAAUUUAGAUCAAUAAAUUACUCAUUUGCUUACUAGCGUGUAGAAUUUAGGGAAGAAAUUUUUGAAAAAUUGUUUUACAUGUUACAUAUAUUUUACUUUCAUACAAGGCAAGACAAAGUUGUUUGAAAUGCUUCCAGUCCUGAUUCAAGCCAUCAUCAUUUUGAGUGAUAAAAGGACCACCCUUCCUCUGAGACUUGAUGUAAGUUUUUUUAAGUCUGUUCAAGCUGUUUUGGGUAACAGGUCAAUUUAGGUCAAUUAAUAAAGUUUUAUUAAUUAUGUAUUGAACUUUCAGAUAUUGAAGCUGACAAAUUUGAUCCUUGAAGAUCUGGAUCAACCAAAAGAGCACCCUAACUUUACAGUUGAAGAAAUGUAUGUUUGUUUAUUUUUUAAACAACUUAAAAAUAGUUUGUAAAAUUAUUUAAAUUUUAAAUCAUAUACUACUUCAUAAUAAUGUGAAAAAACAGAGUCACAAAGUGCCAUGUACUGUCAACCCAGCUUCAUGGACACUGUUGAUCUGUGCACUGUCAAUGACUGAAAAUCUUACCUGUUGAAACCUUACAAUGUGUACAGAAAUGGCAAAUGACCUUUCAAAGGUCUGGUCUAACAUUUAGUCCACCUGGCUGAGGCGCAAACUAAAAGUAUCAAUAUAAAGCCAGAUUCCAUUGUCGUUUUUCAAGAACAAGACUUAAAAAGGUACUCCAGAUUGAGACCAUGUUAGCUUUAGUCUUCAUAUGGAUAAAACCUGUCUCUGUGACUUUCUUCCUGACAGCCAGACAUCCAGGUGAUACGGACAUUAUAUGGCAUGUCCCUUUCAUGUCCAAUUAUUAACCUGGUUCCACUGUACAGCACUAUUCAGUAGAGUGCCACAACUAAGAUACCACCACUAACAAUUAAGGACUAUACUUACAGUGUUAAGAAAGAGAAAAACUGAUACUGGAUAUCAGUCAAUAUAACUGUUAAGUUUUAAGAAACUUACAGUGAUAAAGAAAAGUACUUAUUCCUACUAUCACCAUCAAUCAUUAAGGAAGAGAUGUAUAUAUACAUAUAUAUUUAAAUUUCCCUCUUUCCUAACACUGUAAGUUUUCAAGAAACUGACUUUUGACUUUUCAGUAAUUUAUAUCCAUUAACUUAUCCCUGAAACAGAACAUUAGAACCCAGCACAGUCAUUAUCAAAAAGAAGUACAGCAUAAAAUAAGACCUCCUGAGGUGGAUAUCAUUGAAAUAUUGUCACUGUGCUUUGCGUUUUAUUAAGGUGUGGCCUCUAGUAAAGCCUCCUUCUUUCAAAUUUGUCCUUUAAGAGAGAGCUUUGAGUGCACAUGGAGUUAAGUUGUGUUUGAUAACUGACCUAGAUGAACAUUUUUAUCACACCUUUUCAUCCCCUUAACUUAGAACGUAUUAUCAAGUGUCAGCAUUGCAUUAAUGUAGCCUUCUGGUUUGAAGGCUCAAGCCAAAUACUCAUAUUUCAGUCACAUUUCCAAACAAAGACAAAACUUAUGCCGUAAAUUACUUUCUCUAGAGAAAAUAGAAUGGAAGAUAUGCUUGUCUCAGCAGGUGGUAAGUAUUAACAUUCAAUGUUGAUGCUUUCCUCAUCACUUUAUGUUUUAGAAUUUAACUAUUGUAUAAAGAUCAAUGGACAAAAUGCAAAAGAAUGAAAGUUCUAGGAAGAGUCUCUUUUUUAGGUAUUCUACCAGGGAGAAAAAAUAAAUCUUUUUCCUUCUCAGUUUAUUGGCAUAAUACUUUUAUUCUGCAGAUUUUGAAUUUCAAGCAGCAUUUGUGGAACUUGUCUUUCGCCUAAUUCCAUGUGAUAUCAGGCAAGCAAAGGCCAAGGAAUAUUUCCGCAUUGACUCAGUAUCUCAGGCUUUUAGUGAUAUCCUCAAUGAAGAAUUUGAAGCAGUGAGUAAAAAAUGAAUGUAUUUACAAGGGUAAUUCUUUAAUGUGAAGUAGGUUUGUGAAGUGAAAUAAAUAUAGAUUGAGCAAUUCCAGUCUGAUAUGAAUUUCAAAAAUGCCUCAAUUGACUCGUAUAAUCAUACAUGUGUACACUAACUGUUAAUAUCAGGGCUGUAACUAUGAUUGCAAGUUGAUGGGUAAAUGCAAUUGUUGAGCAGGGAAACAGCCAUGGGGCCCUUUUUGGUUCUAUAUAUUUUCCUUGUGUUUCUUAAUAAAGUAACCAGGGAUCAUUCUCAGAGCACCUGAGGAUAAUUCCCAGCCCCCAGCCCUUAAUGAUAGACCUAAGUAUACUAAAUUAUUAUAAAAUUACUUUUAAAAAUGUCUGAUUUACAAGUUUUUUUGUUCUUGCUUACUUUAGGGCUGUCGCAACUUUAUUAACACUCUCAAUCAGAAUCAUCAAAGGUAUUUAGUAGAAUUUUCUUUUUAUUUCCAGGACAGGGUUAUAUACUUGAGUGCAAAGGUCAUUUAAUUAUAUGUGUUGAGUAUCUUUUCAAACAAAAAGUUAUGAUUAUGAGCAUUUAGGAAACUUUUGAGGUGAAUUUUGGAUAUUUUAGCCAUUCACUCAAAGUACAUUGGUUUACCACUAUCCCAUUCUGGCAUACUUUACCCAGUUUUGAUGCUUGUUUUUAGAAAGAAAGCCAUCUUAUUUUCUUCAGUCAUGAUGCCAAAAUAGCUAGUUUGUUGACUAUGGCAGAUUAGUUUCUAUUGUGAUGACCUUGGCAAUCAUCCGACAGGUACAAGUUGCAGUUGCCAAAUAUGUUAACUUUUCUUGCUGAGAUUAUCACCGUUAAAGGCUGUUCUCUCUGUGCAGAAGUAAUAAACCUGCAAUAUUCCAAUUUAAUCAGUCUUGCAGUAGUCUUUUGUUAUCCAGAGUCAAUAGUUAGUCAACAGUUAGUCACCAGAUGCUACGUGCUGCUGCAAGGGUCUUAAACUUACUGGGAAAAAAAUGAAGGUACUGGCUUUUCCCUCAAAAAGGCUUUGCUUGGGUUAGAUAUCCAUGUGAAAAGACCUUGCCCUUGUCCCAGUGCCUUCAGUACUGAGUAGAUCUAAAAUCAGUGUUCUCAAUAUUGUUGUACUUUAGUAUAUGUGCUUAAUGCAUUGACAUUUAAAGUAUUCUUUUAUGAGACUUUUAGUACUGCACACAUUACAAUAUCCAAAACAUGUAUCUCCUUUGUAUUUUCUUUAGUGUGAUGCCACUUCCCUGUUAUUCAGCUACGUUUGGUACAUCAGAGGUAUAUAGUGAUAUAAACGGCUUUUAGUUCUAAUACUUCUGCACAAUGCAAACUCAUGGAGGGUGUAAUCUUUAGUGUUUUGUAGGCGUGCUUCGUAUAUUUUUUGUUGUUGCUGAUUGAGAAGAAGCACAUAACAAGUAAUUUAUUGCAACAGUAACAGUGUUGUAAACUACAGAAAUAUUCUUUUUUAUAGGUUCAUAAACCGGUGGAUAGUGGCAUAAUUGACUUUUGGGUAGAUUUCAACUUUGGAAGUCAGUGUAUUUCGUUGGUCAUUCAGGAGACGCCACACAGUCAAGAUAAUGAAAAGGUUUUGACGCAAUUUACACCCUCUACAAUUUGAAUGUUUGAUAUAUAGGAUUAACAUGUUUGACUAUGUAUGUAGUGUUAAAUAGACUCAGACAGUAUAAAGAAGGCGUGAAAAGAUAUUUCUCAUUUCAUGUCAUAUUCAUGCUGUCUGAAAAAGAAUACAUCCGUUUCUGUGUCAAACUAUCAGAGACUCCAUCAUAUCCUUGUCGCAUCUGACAUGCAUGGCCUUAUUCUUUAUUUUUUCUGGUUUCAUCGCAAUUUAGUUAUUUGUUUGUUUUUUGUUUUCGUAAAAUAGGAAGGUGGUGGCUCUUGGGAAAUUGUAGUGAUAAAAGGAGACAACGUUGAGGAUUAUCGUCUUGCAGGUGAUCCAACCGAUCUAUUACGAGAUAUGACUAGGCGAACAUACUGAAAUAUUUGACAAAAUUGAGAACAAUUAUCUUCUGGUUAAAUCACCUUCAAUUCUUUGCAUUCUGGUUUCAGAGAUCAAAAACGAUGAGGUCGCCCUGUUAUUGAAACUGAACGUUCCUGCCGCGGACCUCGUAUGCUUCCUACCUCGCAAUCCCAGCCAAUACAUCAAAAUUUCUUUUAAUGUUGAUUAUAUCCUUUUGUAUGUCAUGCUGCACUCAUUCUGAUACGUUUUGUGAUUUUUAGAUAAUUUUCUGUUUCAAGUAGCAGCUAUAAAAUAGUCAUUUUUUUAGCUGUCAUUUUUUUCAAGCUAAUGUAGGAAAUAUUUUACCCAGCGUUACGUUUGGAGCAAUUUUUUAUUGUAUUCAUUAUAUAUUAUUAUGGAUUCAUGUAUACUUCAGUUUUACUUAUCUUUUUUACUUGUACAUGUCGAAACAUUUUUACAGUAAAUCUGAGGCGGGGUUUGACCAAAGUGUUAAGAACAUGCUGAGAACAUACCCAGCUGCUAAGUCUUGUGCGUGGUUCUUUUGCAUACCUUAUUAUAGGAAAUUAACGCUCCAUGAAAUUAAGGCGAAACGUUAAAAUUCGCGUUAAUUUAAGUCGCAUUAAUUUUGUUGAGCGUAAAUGUCCGUGACGUUAAUUAAGUGUAGCGUUAAUUUCCGCGACGUUAAUUAAGUGCAGCGUUAAUUUCCGUGCUCUUAAUUUCCAGUAUUUUAAUCCCAGUUUUGGAACCUGUCCAGACAUUCUUGACACCUAAAAAAAUUAACUACAAGCUUUCUUUCUUUCCAUUUACCCUUUAUUUUUCAUCUUUCACAAAAGCUAUUUGUAAGGCGAAGGUUUACAAUAUUUCGAGUUCAUCUUCAUCGUUGUCGCUGUCAUGUGAUGUCAAUUGUCAAUUUGUUCCAGUUGUCACCACCAACCGUGUCUUAAUCGCAAUAAUUUUCUUUAUUAUGAAAUUCUACCUCCUCUUUCGCGUUAAUUUCAUGGAGCGUUAAUUUCCUAUAAUAAGGUACGUUUUUGCUGUAGAGGACAAUUUCUGUCGCGUUAAUUUUCUCUGUUAUGAAGUAACUGUAACAAAAAUUGUCACCACACAGUGCGUCGGGUAUUGUUAGCUAUUUGUCGAAACAAGACUGUCGCUUUACAGAGUAAUGAAUAAAGCCACGUGCAAAUGGACGCAACAAUGUUGGCCAGCAACUUCCAACAUUGUUGGAUGUCACACUUUGCGUCCUUUUGCACAUGUUGUUGCGCGUUGUUGGGAGUUGUUGCGCAAAGUUUGAAACCGGUCAAACUUUUAGCUACGUGCAAAUGGACGCAACGACUCUCAUCAUCAUUGUUGGGCAUCAAUGUUACACUUGUACGUUGCUUAACACUUGCAUAGCCCUGUGUAAUUUGACACAACAUUGUUGGAUGUUACAAGUUGCGUCCGUUUGCACAUCCUAUUGCAUGUUGUUUCGAGUUGUUGCGCAAUGUUUGAUUCCGGUCAAACGUUUAGCUACGUGCAAACGGACGCAAAAACUCCUAACAUGGUUGGGCCAACAAUGUUGGGAGUUGUUGCGUCCAUUUGUACGGCCCUUAUACCUAACAUUUAUCAGCCAAAGUUGAUUAUCGGUAUCACGCCUUAACACUUCCAACAUACUUCCAGUUUGACUGAUGCGUUAGCAAAGAUAUUCGGUAGACCAGCAAAAAGGGUUCAAAACAGCGGUGGGGAGUCAGAUACAAGUUCAACUCCUAACAAAGCUUCCGUAGCAAUUAAUCCUGUUCGUAUACGAAGCAAGAAAACAGAAGUGACACAUGUUAUGCCAACCGCCAGUAUAAUACUCCAGGUGAUGUCUAGUGCUUCGACUCUUUCAAUGCUUGAAAUUUAAACUCGAUUUUUAGUACUUAUAAAUUUGUGAGGGGUGAUAUACAAAAUGCGAGUUGAGUGUUUCAUUUCAUUCUGACAUUCAUACUAGGGCUCGAAAAAAGUCCCAUCGAGUAGUUCGGAACAGGUAGCUUUUCUUGCUGAGCAAGCAACUUAUAAAGCUUACUCGCCCAAUGGGCAAGGUAGUGGCGGAUCCACGGGAGGGGCCCGGGGGCCCGGCUCCCCCAUUAUGUUUAGGCCAAAAUGAGGCCCGAAGGGCGGAAGAGACUGCACCCUCUUAACUUAGAGUCUGGAUGACAGGGCCCCCCCUUAUCUGAAGGUCUGGAUCCGCCAUUGCAAGGGUCCAGGCAAGUCAUCCCCAACCAAAAUCAUUAGCUAAGGGCGCUUUCCAAAAGUCGGAACUACCCGGUCUAGACAUUUUGGCAAUAAAAUAGGCUUUUUCCAAGAGGUUUUGCUGAAAAACCAUCUCCUUUGUGCAUAAUAUUUAGGAUUUGACUUAUGUGGAUGGUUAGUUUUGAUUAAAAGUGAAAUUCUCGUAACGAUGGGAAUACUGCCUGGCCGGUCAGUUCUGACAAAUGAAAAGCGCCCUAAAACGAGUAGGAAGUGGCCCCGGCCGGUCGAGCAAAUGUGAGAGCUGCUUGUUCAAAGGACAAGCUGGAGUUGAGGUUCUUUUUCGAGCCCCGGACACUCGGCGCCCCACGGACAGCUAAUCAGUUGCCGGUUGCAAACUUUGCUUGCAAUUAUGUCGUCCGUAAAUAAUCUUGCUGAGCAACCACAAAACAGUACAUUUUUUUGGGCAGAAUUGGCGUGAAAAGGGAGUCACGUUCCCAGCGGAGGGAACGAAUUUUGUUCUUGUCAACUAAGGUAGCCGCCGUGUCGUCAGCUGCAAACCAGGAAUUCCUGGCCGAUUAGCUGCACCUGUGGGGCCUCCACUGUUUAAUAAUCGGACACACAGAAGUGGGUUGAAAACAUCAGGUUCUGUCGAGUUUUUAGUUGUAUAUCGAGUAAAAUACUCUUUAGAGCUAUUUGUGUGACUUCUGAAGUGAUCGAUAUUGCUACAAAGAAAAUUCAAUGCCCUAUACUUGAUCUUGGUUUCCGUUUGUUCUUCUUUUUCAUGAACCAUUAAUGAGCUUGGCAAAAUAAUUCUAGCAAUUCUAAAACAACUUUUUAGACUUUCCAUGAUAUAUCACUACACGUCUUGUUUUGGAACGUUUCAAUUGUAACCCUAACUGGAAGGGUCUUUCUCCUCAUCUUAGCUUUCUGAAAGUACAACGGACCAUGAGGAAGAAAAUGUUCGACUGCAGAAAAGACCAAGUGGAAGAAUUAGUGGAGAUAACGAGAAACCGGAACGAAAUAGUACUGACAACCGCCCGGUAAACGACGUCACGUCAGACAAUGAUGAAGCUGAACAUGAGGUAAAACUUUAUUAUACAGUAUGAAUGUAGGUGUGUGAAGCGGACAACUAGUCUAACUUGUGAAGAAUUGACUAAGAUACUGCUCUUGCUCAGAUUGGUCAAUCACCUCUCGUUUAUUCUUUAUUUAAAUAUGUUUCUCCAGACUCAUAGAGACCGUUACUAUUGUAGGUUAUAUACACAGAAAAUAAUAAUAACGACAAAAAUGUCGUGCAAAUCUCACGACAAUUCUUGAACAGUUUUCGUACUUCUUUUUCUUUUUAUGUUAAUCCUAACGAGAAAAAAACGAACCAUAAUAUGUUCUGUACUUCGACUUCCUUGUAUAACUGUUUGCCUUUCUAUUUUCUUCUUCAGGCUGGUGAUACUUUGAAUGACGACCACUCAGUGAACGAAGAUGAACCCCUGAAAGGCCCAAAUCAAGAUGAAUCUUUGGCUGGAAGUAAAGAUGAAAACAACGAUGCAUGGAAACAACGUUUGGAGCCAACAGUGCGUAGAGAUGAAUCCGAAAAACGUCCUAAGCAAGCUGAAUCUUUGGCAGCAAAUGAAGAAGAAAACAAAGAUGUAGAAACUACAGAAAGAAGAAAACCAUCCACAGUACCUGUAAAGCGGAUUUCUGAACGUAUGCGAUCGCGAGAUAAUCUGCAGUCAGUACAGGUAAGUCAGGGUCCUCUUAAUUCAUUGGUUACCAUCUUUUAGCUAGUUUAUUUUAACAGCACGGAUAAUAGGUAGAUCAGAUGGCGUAUAACACUUGUAACCCCCUCAUGCAUGUUCCUCUUCAUAACAUUUGCUCGGGAUCUAUUCCUUUCCAUCAGUCAUUCCCUCCUAAGAUGUCUUCCUUCAAUCUCUGCAACCGUUGAGUAGUAUAGUAGGGAUGUAUGGUGCCCAUUUUCUGAGCGAAUUGGCUGACAUAAGACGCCUGGUCACCGUGCUAGUUUAUGCCUUUCAGCAAUUUGCAAACGAUAACCAAACUUAAUGUAAUAUCCAAAUAAAUGCUUUAGACUGUACGAGAAUGUAAAAGAUAAAUAAAGAAAAACGGAUUGCACUUACGUGGACUUGAGAAGCAGCAACCGCUUGUUUUCCAUUUUGUCUCAGAUCGUGUGAAUAUGUAACUAAUGAUGCUUGGGAAUAAUCUUUAUUUGUUAUAUGGCGCUGAUUUUGUCGAUGAAAAGCUCAUCUUUUAGUAAUGUGUUGGUUAAAUCUCGUAUUCAAGGAGAAUAGGCAAAUUCAUCGAACCCUUCUUACCCUUCCAAACUCCUUGAAUCUGAAAUGUCUGUCUGUGCUUUAUAUCUUGUUAAUUCAGCAUUCUUCAGAGGAGGACAAUAAAAAAGAUAGCAUGAGGAGGAAAUCGUUGCCAUCAGCUUUUAAUGUCAGUGGUAGACUGGCUGCCAGUAAACAAAAGACCGUACCAACUAAAACUUUGUCAGAGGCUGCAAAGAGUCGCAGAGCUAUCAGAGAAAAAGUGUUUGCCAAGGCACGCCGCUCCCCUACACAUAUAGAGGUGAGUGUAGGUCAAUAGACUGACUGACUUGCUUCCAACAUUUUUAAGAUCCAAGUUGUCUUAUUUUCUUUUUCACGCUUAUUCAGUUAAAUAAGAAAGUAACAACAGUAAAUUUGGUAACCAGACAGGAAAGACUUUAAGGCAUUUUGACCCAGUUUCCCGUGUGAUUUGAAAAGAAAGAGUAGCGAGUUACCUUAAAACACAACACCACACAGUGGUCAAUAGUCAUACUGUAAUUUAAUCUACCGAUGCAUGUAUCCCGUAGACUGACUCCCAUGGAAGGGAUUAGUCCAGUUUGCUCAAGCGUUACACCCUUUCAUCACAAAGGAUCUUAAAGCUUCAAUGAUAGACAUGCAUGAUCUUAUUAGAUUAAACAACAGCCAGAGGAAUCUCUUACAACACUUCUUAUAUUAGCUGUGACUGAUUAUUACUUUAGGUUGGAUCCAAUUUCAUGGCAACUUGUGACUAUACUUGUGGAGCGGUUUUAGUUGUAGACAAAAGUGGUCUUCGUUUGCUUUACAUACAUACAUACAUACAUACAUGCAUACAUACAUGUACUUUUUUAAAGUGUCGGAAAAUUUAGCUAAGAAGCUAAUUGGGGACAAAAGAAAAUUCCUAUCUACAUAUACAUCAAAAUAAUACUUAUGUGAAUAUGUACAAUAAAAUACAAAAAUUGAGAUUAAUGGAUAUUUAUGUACAAUAAAAUAUGAAAAUUGAAAUAUAUGAAUAAUUUGAUCACAUGCAUAUAAAUUUCAUUACAGAAAGUCUAUUAUGUAGCACAAGCAUUGCAUUUGUAUGAUCCAUCUAAUAGGUUCAUAAUAUUAAUUCCCCUUACGGCUUUCUUGAAGGCUUGAAGACUGUAUUUCUUACGAAUACUCUGGCUUAUAUAUUAUAUUACAUUACAUUAUAUUAUAUUACAUUAUAAACUAUGCUCCUAAAAUUUUCAGCUGUGCGCCUAAAAUUUCGGCAGUGCGCCUAAAAACUUACAUCUGGUAGCCGAGUGCUCCCAAACUCAAACUUAAACUUUGAGCCCUGAGUUGUUAAAGAAUCUUUAACCUUAUACAUUUAUAUCAAAAUGUCUUGAAGGUACCUAUUUACUAGACUAGGUAGACUCCCUUUCUUCAAGAAUUCUCCAUAUUCAGCUUUUCUGUUGUUGAAAACUGCGCGUAACACCCUCUCUUGAACUUUUUCUAGUUUUCUCAUGUCCGAUGCUUUAUAAAAAUGCCGUAUGGUAAGGAGCUUACCUUCUGUGGGAAUAAUGCGCUUAAGACGAACUAUAACGCUUACUUUUUUGCUGGUCGUCUUACAGUUAGAACUGAUUACACUACAUUCCUGCUUUUUUUUUUGUUCAACGAUAACUUUAGACAGUAAAACAAAAGUUAAUCUUUACUGGUUAGCACAAAUUAAAAUUUUAUCGUGCCUGCUAUCAAUUGUAAGUUCUGCCAGUCCCCAGGCGUUGAAAUCCAGAGGACUUUGGUUGUGUGCAACUCGGACGGAAAAUACUCUGCAUGUGCAAAAAUAGUUUUUAUCAAUUCUUUCAGAAGGUAAUGGAAGUCAAGUAUGGUAACAGUAAGUUACACAUGAUGAGCCCGGCAAGACUACGCGACCCUAGAUCUGGUAAGAGAAGAAAACGUACACUCAAAGCUUUACCGAUUAAAGGUUAUAAACAGAGGAAGGUGCAAAAGUCCUUCAGCUCUGAUGUUUCUUCUUGUAAUCAAGGUGAUGCCUCAGGUAAAGAUAAUGAAGACAUAAGAGAGAAAUGUGCUGAUGUAAUUCAGGACUCUUUACCGAUUGCUGACAGUACGGAGGUAAGUAGAUUUGAGCUAGAUAAUAUCUCAAAAACGGCACUAAUCGUCACAUAUCCAUUGGAGGAUCAAAAGGAGGGGCCAGGGGGCACCGUACUUUAAUAUGGCGAAAAUGAGACAGGCCGCAGGGCCUAAGCGAGAGGACGCUGGAGACGAGGUUGCGCAGGGCCAACAAAAAAUAUUUCGAUGUCGGGCCCCUCUGUUAUCCAAGGGACUAAAUGACCGGGUCUCUAACUUACGUAAAGAUCUGAAUCCACCACCACCACUGAUAUCAAACACUGAAAAGAAAGUUGGAAAUACAACGUGUCGUGGAGUAUUUUUGACGAAUUACGAGGUGUAAUGAAACUCAAACACUGUGUCGAGUGAUAUAAAUUAUUUAACAAAUUUUUAUGAUGGAUGCAAGUUGAAAAUGAGCGGUAUUUUUAUCCAAACACGUCACAAUGUACGAUUCACUUUUUGCGCUAGAAUUUUUAAUGGCGUAUUGCUUUGUGUUAAGAGGAAAAGUUGCAUAUCAAGUGAUUUUUUUCUACAGCGGAUAGGAGAGCUGAAUAAGGCAAUGAGAAUCUCUCUCUCUCUCUCUCUCCUUUUUUUUGGCUUUCAGGAUGAGAGUGGGCCAAAACACCAAGAUAUGACUGGUGGUAAUAAAGGAUCCCUAGUUAAGGAGGACAAAUCGAGAGCAACAAGACAAAGGAUAAACGUUGAUAUCGCAGUAUCUUCAAAAAACAGCAAAGCGGCGAACACUCCAACUGGAAAGUUACCUGAAGGACGAAACGCAGGUGAAAACAUUUUCACCACGAACUUUACAAGCUGCUCUUUGGGCCUUGCUAGAUUUGUUGCAAUGAACCCUCGCUAAGCGACCAGUCAUUUUAAGAAUUUACCUCAAAAUAGUUCUAACCAGUGACUAUCAGACCGGUCGAAAAAUAAUUCUGUCGUCUGAUCUGUCAUCUUCUGGUCGUUUUCUAGUCAAAUUUUAUACCCACCACCUUCACAUCCAUUCUUUUCUUAUCAGCCAGCACUGAAGGCUACAUCGCUCUCUGCUCCAUUGAUAAUCCGAAGUUGUUUAUGCAACUCCUAAGCAAAAUCACAACUACAGGAAAAAUGGCUUAACUUGUCAGCGGAGUAAAUGGGAAUAAAUUUUGGAUUAUUCCGGAAUUUUCUUUGUUAAUAGAACGGAAAUAAUGACCCGCAAGUUUAUUUAUUGAGUUUCAACGAUGUCUCAGGAUUUACGUAACAAAUACAGCAAAGUAUUUUUCCUGGAUUUAUGCUGGGGUAACCCCAACGAGCACGGCAACAAAAACGUCAGAAACAACUAGUUUUGUAAGCAAGACAUCAGCUUUGCAAGUGCAUCACAAUUUUCUGUGACGUCAAUGCGACCUUUUAUGGAGGAUGUCAACACAUUUGAACGAUUUAUGCUUUCUCUUUUUCUACCUGGAUAAAGUCAUUAAGAGUUUAACUCCAGGCAAAUACGUCAGCAUUUGACUAUUUAAACGAGGUAUAGUAAGCGCAAUAGAGUUUUAAAGAGUGCGAAUUUAUUUUUUGUGACGUUUUUACUUACUUCUUCCUCCUGCUUGCUCAAGCGCUCUACCGUCUGCUUGUUUUCCUUUCUAGAAUUAAAAGCAAGACAUCAGAUAGAGCUUGUUUUUCUUUACAGAGUCUAAACGGAUACCCACCAAGAGGAGGCCUACAAGAAUGGAAAGGAAACAAAACGACACUCUACCCAUGGCGCAGGCUCAAGACACAGAGUCUGGUGAUCAAAAUGAGCCAGCAUUGACUGGUAAAUUUACCCAUUUUUAAAAGCAGAUCGUAAUUUGUUGUUGCCCUGGUUCCUUGUGUGGUUUCCGUCUCGAAAGAUACAAAAGUAGACACAUGAAAAACAUUUUAUUCAUCAAAUGUUAUUUUUGAAGAAAUGACCUUUUGUGCUCGUUAUUCUGUCUUGGUGGCCAUAGAGGAUGAAUGGUAGAACUGUGGGGUCUUGUAUUUUUAGAUGUCAAGAGGAGGACCACAGACCAGAGACGUUCACAAGGAGUGAAAAGAAAAUACCAGAAGCAAAAAGAGACUCGUCACUUGGUUGUAGUAGAUAGUGACUCAAAUUCUGAAGAUAAUCCUAAAAUCCGAAAUGAGAAAGUGUCAAGAGGUAAGACUCAAUUUGAAAAAAAUUGAAACCAAACUUCAUGGCUUGGUCCCACUGUUGUGUUUUAUGUACGGAGGCAGCGUGGCCUGCAGGUUAUCGCGUCGCAUUCGUAUUCCAGUGGUCGCAGCUUUGAGUCCCGAUCAGACCACUGGUUAGAUAGGUUCACGGUCGUUCCGAAGUAGUAUGGUAGGGAUGUUUUACUCAUAUAGCACAUGACCUUAUAAUAAGAUAACGAUAAAUGGCUAUAAAGUCAUCGCGUUAAUGUUUUCCCCCGCAAGUUAAUGAGAUUCCCCCGCAAAAAAAGGGGCAGAACGUCCCUACCAUACUACUUCCCAAGUUCAAAUCUUCGGUUUUGAAAGCUGGCUGCCUCCUAACAGCUUAGGUCUUUAAUCCUGUUUUGUUACAUCAAUUGUAUUUAUUGUCCAAAAUAAUUUGAAUGGAGUGCCAGUCCACCAGCUAGAGCAGGUAAGCUUUUGCCCACAAUAUAUACAAAGCAUUUACCAUUUUCCCCCAUUUACCUUCGGUAGUAUUCUGUGUAAGCGUCAGCUCGACUUGUAAGUGAAUUCCUCCAGGAAAGGCACACACAUUUCUGACACAUCGUGUAUCGAAAGGUUAUCGGACGGGUAGAAGCAUGACAGAUAGAAUGACGGGCCUCGCUUUAACUUGAUACCCUUCUUUCCAGAAGUUGACAAAAAUUCUACAAACAAGAGGUCUUCACAACGGAAACGAAAAGAUCUGCCCAAGGAUGCGGCUGAAGCCAAUAUUUCGGAGAUCGAUGACAAGAAUGAAGAUCACAAUGAGCUUGUUUGGAGAGGUAACUAUACAGGUUUUUCUCUUAACAAGUCUAUCUUCAUUUUCUCAAGAUGAAGCUUAAAGAUCUAAGCCUUAAGUUAAAAGCUGGGUUUUUGUGAAAUGCAAGAUAUGGUUCAGUAGUUUACAGUCGGGAAAACUGGAAAAUUGCUCCUGAGAAGCUGAAAAAGACGCAAGGGUUUAUGUUUAAGUCUGAUUUUCUAGGUGACAGCGGCAGCGAUGAAGUUACAGAGUGCUAUGGCGAAACAGAAUGUUACGUUGAAGACGCCAGUCCCCUUAUAAAUUCAUCACCAGUUGCUCAAACUGUUAGCAGACGAAGAAGACAAAGUCUGUUGAGUGGAGACAGCCCUACGGGAGAUGUUGGCCUCUGUAUUUCAGCGAAAAAACCAGUACCCAAGAAAAAAAGGCCAUUAACAAAAGCUGAUAUCGUUAUGAUGAGAAGUUUCACAACACCGCUAAGCACACGAGAAAUUGAACUGCAAAUGGAAGGAUCGCCCCAGGUGAAUUAUGUGUAGAUGUUUUGAGAACUUUGUCCGCGAUUUCUCCUUCAUCUUCGUAGCCCUUCUGCUGUCUUUCCUUUUUCUGAUGAGUUGAUGUACCUAUGUACAGAACUGGAAUGGUUCUGUUUAUAUGAUUUGAGAAAUUGUAAAUUAGAUUUCUCAGACUGUGGUAUCUGUUAGUAACUGGGCCCGAGGUGGUUGGAUUGAGAUAACAUUUCGCUCGGAUUUAAGCAAAAAAACGAUUUCUAGUCUAAACACUCGUAACUGAAGCUUAAAAAAUAAUUGACGCUCUACUAAGAGACCCUGUUAUAUUAAUUUAAUAAUGUCUACGUGGAAACAAUGACUCUUUAUCAUUGAAGGCCUUGCCUAUCCUUGUAUGCUUUAAUGUUUGUCUUAAUUUGUCAGCAGUCCACUCCAGUGAAUUCAUUCAGAGAUGUGUUUGAGGCAUUUGCAACCCCAGGUGUUAACGUGCUUGUUUUUUGCAGGCCCAACCGUCAGAUGUAGAAUCUGUUAGCUCUGAGGAAGAGGAUAUUCCUUUAAAACGUGCUAAGGUAUUAGGCCAUUUCCUAGUUCCCCGGGGCCUCUGUAUCAAAACGAAGUUAAGUGUUCAGCCUUUGAUAUAGGAACGAUUUUUCGUUCUCAUGCUAAUAAAACUCAUUUUCACGAGAAAGGUUGUGCACUCGGCCUCAUUCUGUCUUUUCCUUUCUUUGUACUAACUGAGGCAUAACCACACAGACACGUAAUUCGUCUCUUACCCAUCUUUAUAGAAAGAAAACGUGCACGACCACACUCGUAUCUCUGAGUUCUAUUUACUUUUGUCAUGUGUGCAAGAGAUGUCUCCAUCAAGCUUUAUUUUGUAAAGAAUAUGUUACAAGCACGAUUGUUCUUGAUGUAGUUCUAAGGGCUUUGUCAUCACUUUCAGAUUGCUCCAAAUCUUAAAACACCAACGGAGUUAUCUCAGCAAACAGACUUUAGUUACACCGCUGAACAAAGAUAUGAUAAAGAGGACGAUACUGGAGAAGAAUCGGACUCUGUUCAUAGUGAUCCUGAACUGGAGUAUGACUUUAAUCUUGAUAGCAAACCUUAUGGUAAAACAAGUCAUAAGAAACAAGGCAAAAGUCUGGUAAGCUACUUUUUUGCUAACUUUACUUUUUAAGCUGUUUCUUUUAUGUUCGUUUGCGGUAUUGCUGGGCUCUUUUCCGCUAGAUUCAAUCUAUCACCACGGGGAAAAUUGCACUGAAAAUUAGAAAGAUCUUUUUCAGCCCCAAAGUGUCAAUUCAGCCCUGCAGGACAAAGUCUGAUUCAGCCCUUCCUGGAGCCAUUUGAGCACAGUUUAGGCCAAAAAAGCUCAAUCAAAAGGCUAUUCCAGCCCACGGUAGGGCCCAUAUUAGCCCUGGGACCAAAUCAGCCCUAGCUAUUUGGACUGUAUUGGCCCUGAUUUUAAGGGAGCCAAAUUAGACCCAAAAUUUACUCACCGAAAUGGCCCUGUUUUUAGGGCUAAAACAGAUCUUUCUGAUUUAGAGUGUGAACGGCAUAUAUGACCGCUUCUUUGCUGUUACGUUAGGUUAGAAAUUUGACGCGUAAAAGACACCCUACACGGCUUAUAAUUCACCCGGUGUAAAACACUACAGUGUGUGUAAACCGUUAACCUGGUGUAUGGCUAGUCACAACUAACAGUAGUUGCCUUAGAGACCACCGUUUGCGUCCAGAAAUAACUUAAUCUUCAUAGACCACAUCCCUCAUCCGGGGGUUUGGGAGGGAGAAGACUGGAAUCUUCUCACAAUCAAAGAUUUUUUGUAUUAUUUCCCCGAAUUAUCCGCACACGCGCGUUGCUUCCAGUUCAUCACAAAGAGAAUACGAAAAUUUACCAAAAAGUGAAGGCCAUUAGUACAGAGUGCCUUUUUCAUAGUGGUUCAUCAUGUUUUCCGUGUUUGCUAAAUCUGUUAAACGUAAUGACACCUGUUAAAUAUAACAAAAAAAUGCUUUUGCUACACAUUCCAAAGAAAUGUUCAGGGAAAACCAUUCAACAAUUGUUGUUGCUGUUCUUUCUCUUACUGUCUUUCUAUAGACUGGCCCAGGCUCUGGAGGAUCAAAUGCUGCAAAGCGUUCCAUGAUUUUACAUGACUCAGGUAGUGUUGAUUAUGGAUCACUGACCGUUUUUAUACCUAUAGUAUGCUUGAAAUGCUUCUUCGACACAAAUUAUUGGAAUUGUUUCGCCUCUUUUUUGCUUUGCUGUUACACAAGAUAUGUUACAAAACAAGUGAACCGAUUGUUUCUUUUAGCUAUCAUUGUUUAAAACCGAUUUGAAUUAAUGCUUCAAAAAAUUUAAUACAAGAGAGCAGCUGUAACAUCUUAGGUGUUGCUUGGAAGGCUCGUCUUUUAGAAACGCAUGUAGAAAGUAUCUGUUAGUUUUUGUCUUUCAUUCGCUUCACGGUCGAUUUACACUACAGAAAAGUUGAAGAAUACUGUUGUUGUCAACUAAGUGCAAAAGAUAAGUUUAUGGACACAUUUUUUAUUUACAAUAUCUGGUCGCUUAGCUUUAAAUUUCCUGUUGUCUCGUGAAAACUUGAAAUCUGUUCAUGUAUGACGCGUAUUUUAAGCAGUUUUCUGUAUGUUAUUGCGGAAGACAUAACGUGCAACGUGGCGUUUUCUUAUUUAGUUCUGACUAAAAUAUUGCCAAGCCUUGAUUGGAUGGGAAUAUUCUUCUCGUCCUGCACGUUUAGGACCAGGCCUGGUCUAGGACAAUCGGUGACGUGAGACUUGCGCAAACGGAGUGCAAGAGAACUCUAGAAAGAGUUACUGUAGACGGUAACAUAAGCAAGCGAAGUUGAAGAGAAGAAAAUUGCAUGCACGUUACAUGAAACUACGUCUGGUAUUUGUUUGAUCCUUUGUGUGUCUUUCUUGUUUAGGUAUUGGUGAAACACCGUUCGGAGAAGAACGGCAUAAACGGUCAAAACAACCGAGGAAAAGGACUCGGAAACCACUCCAAGUGUCUAUUGCAAAAACACCAAUUACACCAAAAUCAGAUCAAGAAGAGCCAAGUAAGAUCAAAGAUAUCGUGUUUUUUUUUUUGCUUGCUGGUUGCUUUCUUUUUUUCCAUUUACUUCAUUAUCUAAUCUCUUGAUACCUUUAGUUAUUCUUUGUUUCUUUAACUAUCCUCCUCACUUGUUUUCAGCUGAAGAUGAUUCCGCAAAUGCUGAGGUACGCAGCCUGUUUUCUGGGAAAAUGAAUCUACUCUUGGGAGGGCUUUGUCACAUUACUUACAUAUUAACUGUAAAUUGAUCCAAGAAGUCAUACCAUAAGUACAUGUAGGUGCGAUAUGAUCUCUCGAGUGAGUGUAGUCCUGCAGAGGACUGUUGUUGUCAGUGUUCUAUCGUUACUAAUAAACUUAGUUGAUGGUACUAUACUCUAGUUUUUUUGCAUUGGCUUUUCAAUCAGCUCCCCGUGUAAAAAUGUUUGAUGAUCACUUGUGCAUCGAGCUUUUAAAACGUCACCAGCAGUCCCAUUCAGGAUAUUCAUGACUAGGCUCAAUAAUUAUGUGGUGUAAUUUGUUUGUAGACUGAUGAAGAGUCUGUCUCACCUGACUUAAAGCCAGCCAUGGUUAGUGACAAGUACUUUGCCUUCAACUAACCCUUCGAAUGCAGCCACCUAUCUUCGUUCCUUAUCCUGCGUAUCAGGCUCUUGAAAAAAAAAACAGUAAUCUGAAGAAAUAUGGGCAAGAAAGGACAGGGCGCGCAAUCUUUCUUGCUCCCUUUCAAGCGUCUGCGUAGUCACUCCUCUUCGCUGAUGAGGACGUUUCGCGACGGGGAAUGAUGAGAGGUGGCUGUAUUCGCGGGCUAUCUUUAACUAGUGCAUGACAACUUUGUGCCGUUUUUGUUUUUUGUUUUUUUGUUAGGAGAAAAUACAUUAAAGUAGGUUUCAUUUAAAUAUAUUUUAUAAAAAAGUUGAAUCAAUUAUAACGCUUGAGUCAGCUCGGUUUCGGCGAAACGUGUGAACUAAUCAUCAGUUUUGACUUCUUCACCUUUCGUUUUCCCAAUGCAUAAAGUCAUGUGAUAAUACUCUUGAGAACAGUCCCUUUAAAGCGAAAUCGUCCUAUUUCGAAUGAACUAGUGUUGCAUUCUUGUCCACAGACCAAUGGUUUUCAGCGUGCAAGACUUUUUGAAGUUACUAUGAAAAAAUCGCAUGGCAAUAUGUAAUUUACGUGUGCUAAUUGAUAGUAAUGUUCACCAACGCUAGAGAGAUAUUAUUGUCAGUCAAUCUUCUUGACAGUGAAAUUUUUGAUACCUUAUCCAGUUUGUGAUCGGUAUUUAUCUCACUUUCAGACUGAAAUGCUCAGAGGAAAAAGAAAAUUUGUCGACUGGUCAACUUCAGGCCCUUCCACCUCCCGUGCCCCAACAGGUACAGCAUGUAUGGUAGUAAAUACAUUGAAAUUCCCUGUUUCAAACUAAGGCCCUCAUGAAUCCGUUAACCCCAGACAACCUUUUCUUUUUCUUCACGCCACUGAUCUAUAUCGGUAACCUCUGUACAGUCACAACGAACAUAAAUGUCAAUACCAAAAGAAAACUAUUCUUUUCAUAUUGCACAUAUUAUACCUAUACUUUCUCAACGUCCAAAAUCCCCCGACUGGUUAACUCGAUUGCUCGGAUAUCAGACCAUUUACACAAACCACCCGGGUGGAAAUUCUGUGCACACCGUAAUUUUUAGGGAGUUAUUUUAGCCCUUUUUGGGGUUACUUUAACUCCUAAUUUAAAAAUUUUAAAAAUAUGCGGUUUCAAAUAUAUCAGUCCGUAUUCGUGUGGACAUGGCCUUAGUAUUGAAGUGUCUUAGUGAGCGAUGUUGUGCUAUUGCUGAACGUGUUACCAGUGUGCAAUAAUAACGAUCAUGAGAAAACCAGUCUUUAAUCUCAUUCUCAAGGUACAAGAACGUCCCGUACUGAAGGCUGGUAUGCAGAGACAGUACACGUAAGAAGUCAACAUUUCGGCAAGCCCAGAAAGCUUUCAUAUAACGAUGAACCCUGUGAGUUCUAUUGAGUCAAUUGUUUUCUGUUUUACUCUUAAGUUCUUAAGAAACGACUGCAGUUGAAUUUUUUAUAGAUGAUGUUGACGAGACGGAUGAGGUAGUAAAUGAAAGAAGUGCAGAUUUCAGGUUGGUACUAUCUGCUCGUUUGAAUCAAAAAAUGUCCGUAUACAAGUCAGUUUUAGCCUCCCGAGAUUGUGGAAGUGCUACACGACUUGUCUACCGUAUGUGUUUUCUAUACUUUUCUGUAGGAGAGAUAUUCAGAGUCUGGUAAACUUAGCUGGCGGGAAGGUUACCCAGGCAAAUCGGGUAAGUAGCAAAGUAGGUAGGUUAUGUCGACUCCAACUGUACUUUAUUAGCGGGCAGGGGAGGAAUCUUUUUACUCUGUUAACCCGGUGUGAGCUAAAACGAGAAAAUUCCGUGACACAAUGGCGUAUGCAGUACUUCUUUUUCGAGGGUAGAUUUGAAAGAACCAAAUGCCCAAAGUCGUGAACUCCUUGAAUAGUCGGCAACUAAUAGAUUGUUUAUGGUGUGGCUUGUUUUAAACUACAUUCACAUGUCGUGCUUUUCUUAACUAGGAUCGUCCAAAUAGUAGAAGUACUAAUAUUGGGUGUUUGAAUAUUCUGUAUUUCACUAACCAUUAUCCGAUCAAAUUACCAUGACUUUUUACAGAAAGCUGGUCAGGUCAUCAAGUCGUAUGCGCAAAGAGUCAACGAACUGAUGUCGUCUACCUUUGAUACCUUCUGGAACGAACAGCAGGUAGCCAGGUAAAAAAACCACAAAACAAAGAGCUUAUCUAUAAUCUGGUAAUUUGCAAAAAUAUAUGUACAUGUUGCUACUUUUACUUGUAGCAAGUGAUGUAAUUAACUCCCGUGUACGGAUCCCGCUUAAUUUUAUCCAGUGAGUCAGUGUUCACGCAACUUGCAACAAGCUGAUUUGUUGCAAGACAGGUUUGAACGUGGUUGGUAAAACUCGCAACCCUGCUAUUCAACAUAGUUUUGCAGAAAUAAUGUAAAAUUAGUUGCGCGUUUAGGUUGCCCGUGUUAUACUAGCUUUAGACGAGUGACGUUUCAGAAAUGAAAUUUAUACACAAAAUUGCAGAGUAGCCUUUUAACUGGGUAACGCUACUGUUUUAUACGUGGGUUUCAUUCAUACAUUUAAUAUACUAGUUGUCAAAGUGUUAAAUAUUACAUUAUUAAAAACUGAAUCAUUGGAUAAUGCAAUUCUAGAGCUCUGAUCGGCUUAGCCAUCAUGGUGUAUGAGCCAUUAUACCCUGCUCUCCAAAUAUGGUAACUGUCAGACUUGCUACAAGUCGAUCUCUUGGCGAGCGGAGCGAGCCUUGUUUGGCCGCGAUCGGCAGAUCGCGAGCGACGAAGUCGCGAGAGGUCCUCGUCCCGCACCAUAUGAAAUCCGACGAAGGACUAGUCUAGGUAACUGUACGCGUCUGCUCAAAAUUAAAAACAAGCUGAAAAUCGUUUGUUUUUACAAAUAAAGUCGGGAAGAAUUCUUUAUAUUUUGUGGGCGUUUUUGAUAAAACAAUUAUUCCACUCUCGGCGCUACGCGCCUCGUUGGCUCACUACCAUCUCAUAUCCAACGCGCAGUCGUGGAAUAAUUGUUAAUUAUAUGAUUCUGAUUCAUAAAAAAAAUAAACAAAUCGCGGUCUUCAUCUCAAGAUGGCUUCAUCUCUUUUUUCGUAUCUUUAUUCUCUUUUCUGUUUUAUUCUUUGAUCCGUCCCUGUGUCCCUCUCUCUAUCCAUUCUUUCAUCCAUCCUUUCAGCUUGAAAUAAAGACGCCAACUUCUUCUUUUCAUUUCUUGUGUAUCCUAGUCACAGUGCCAUAAAGAAAUACAAACGCCAACUGGUGGACCAAAUUAAGGGCCUAGAAACAGACUUGGAAAAAACGGCUUCUACUGUAAGAGAAAUGGAGGUAGGUAUAUAUGGCAAUCCCACGAUCAGGAGUCCGUGUCCUUGUCUCUCGAUCACACAGGGCUCAACGCCUUGGCUAUGAUUGCAAAUGGACAACUGGUUGCCUCCUGUCGGCUGUUUUUUUUACAGAAUCCUGUUAUAUAUUUGUUUCUAAUUAUUUAAGUGGAGUGCUAGUGAACUAGCCUCAGUGGAAAACCGAAGUGCACUUUCACAGUGAACAAAUUGAAGCAUUUACCAUUUUACAGUUGUUGCACUGUUAUUUUCUAUGAGAUCUUUUUUAUGUAGAGAGUAUGUUAGAAUUCUCACAUGGGUAUUAUUUCUGUUCCUUAAAAACACUGAAUGUUUGAAAUAAAAACACGGAAAAUGAUGCACUGUAACGUUUAGAUUAAGUCCGAGUAUAUUAUUAUUCAGUAUCGUGAAGCUGACAAUUUUGUUCUAGUCAAAAGCAUCUAAAAUGCGUAGUUUUAAGUUACCAAUUGGAAAAUAUACUUUGGAUCACUGCAGUCUUUUUCCUGUAAGCACUCUCAUCUUAUAUUUCCAGAGUACCUUCCUCAAACACUGCAAGGUUCUCAAGAACCAGAGGCAGGUCGAAGAAAAGAGGUGAGUGAUAGCUUUUAUCAUACGCUGGGCUGAGGAAAAGUUUUGGUAAAUCAACUGUUGGGUAGCAUUUCCUGAAUGCAUGUCGGUCUUGUUUUGGUUAGUCACUCCAAAAAAUAAAAUCCCAUCUUUAUGCGAUUAACAACUGCUAGCUUAAGCGGUCAUCGCCCGGUCAGUUGAUCUACUGGCCAACAAUGGCAAAGUCAAGGUAUGAAGUGAACUAGCAUGGCUGAUUGAUCAACAAGGUGAAAUUUCUUUACGUCAAAUUUUGUUUGGAAAGAAUGUUUGGUUUUCCCACAGGCGUCCCAAGCUCACGUUACGAGUGUCAGUGCCGCUUUACAGGCGACCGUUGAGACGUUGUAUGAGAAAUAAAACACUGAGGUCUGCAGACGCUAAAUAUCAUUAUACUGUACCUUUUAUUCUAUAAAAUAAACAAAGGAGACUUACCUUUGAUGUAUUCCUUUUUUUUUGGUUAGAAUUCAUCGAUUUAGUCGGGUUUUUUUGCUGUUAUUGUGUGACCCCUGUCACUCGUCACACAAUAACAGCCAUCAUUCCACACUCGUAACGUGAGCUUGGGACACCUGUGCUUUUCCUUGGAUGUGAGUUUCGACGAAGAAAGGCCCAAGAAUGGCUUUUAAAGAGCAACUUUCCUGUCAUACCGUUUAUCCUGGUUGUUAUGCUAGGUUUAGAAGAAUUCAGCAACUGCAGGAAUUAAUGGAAGCUGAACUGACAAUGAUGGAACAAAAAAGAAAUAAAGAAAAGGUAAAAAAAAAGUACAUAAUCGCCCGUGUUAUAAACAACUGACAUUAUUAAAUGAACAGCCUCAUUCUACUAAUUUUGAAAAUCGAUAGAAUCCUCCAGAAUACUGCAAGAUGUCGUCCUGUUUUAGCGGAUGACUGCAUUCUUUAUUGUGAAUUUUUACACUUUUUUCUUGUACCCAAGUUGGAACGAAAAGUUAAUAGAACAUGUCAUGACUUUACUUUCAGAUAAAUCUACUUUUAAUGCUUACGCUAGCCAGAAAAAGCAAAGCGAUGUGUACAAUUCUUUGUUAUCUUUGUUUUUCGUUUUCAGGCCACUUUACAGGCCGAGUUGGAAAAAGAAACGGUUAGAUUUCAAAAGAAAUUUCUUCAAGAGACAGUAAGUGAAACAAUGAACUUUGAAAGGUAUUUGUCAUGGAGCUUUCAUGGAAAAUAAUGACAAGUCAAUGUUUAUAUCCAAACAUUGUCCGGUCGCAGUAAUGGAUUUUUACUGCUGUACCAAAAAGGAAAAAAAAUGAGGGUCAUUGAGAUUUCUACUUUUGCGCACGCGUUCAAUAUAUGACGUAGGUGACAUGUUGACAGUCAGUAUCCAAAUAAGCAAUAAGCGCGAAUUCUUUUAUUUGGAAAAAGCCAAGCUUUCAUGUCGAUCCGAACACAGUAAACCAGCAACCAGGAACCUGGUUUUUAAGAAACAGUUAGGCUAAAAUAUGCCAGUUAGGCCCCCGCUUUAGAAGAACCUGUUGAGCCUAAAAUUGGAAACAGGUUCUUAUUUUCUAAAAUCUAUAAAAAAAUUUCUGUACAAUUAAGCAAAUAAGAUAAGUCAACAUUAUUGAUUCUCUUUGGAGAUAUAGGUGCCUUAUCACUUCAACUGCAAUGUAAUGCGAUGCAGAUCUUCUAUAAGGAUUAAGCUGAAUAUCACUAAAUGCUCUUAGCUUCAAUGUAUUUUUUUCCUUCAGAAUAUAAGAACCUAUUUAAGUACCUAAAUAGUCUAAAUUUGUGCUAAUUAUCAUUUAUGUAAGAACCUGUUUAGGUUAACUUGGAAAAAUACAGGUUAUUAGUCACGGGUUUUUACUGUUUCUAGAGAAGAAAAUUAACCCACAGACCACAAAAUUUCUUAUUUAAUCCUUUGUUGAUGGUGGUGUUGUUGAUAUUGCGUUUAAAGUCAGCGGUAAACAAGAAACACGCUAGUUAAAGUUUCUUUGAGCUCCAAUCUUUAUGCUUUGUCAGUAAAGCGCAGGAUGUUCUGAAGCGCAAAUCAGACUGAGAUUCAUGGAAAACGCAAAUAACACUUGUUUUUCUCUCCGUAGCGCAAACAGAAAGAAGAUCAGUUGAAGAUGAUCUUGAACAUCAUGCGGAUCCCAUGA